AUGAACAACAUAAACAUUUUCGUGUACCUGUUGAUAUGUCCAAUCAAUUUGAUACACGUGUUUGAUAUACCUAGUUCUUUAUUCCAACUAAGAAAUAAAACUGACAAAACAUUUACAUAUGGGUGGCAUGAAGGUGGAGAAGUUCAGACAGGGAGUGGAUCCCACACUGAAUAUGAUGAGAUAUACAUGUUGGAGCUAGCCAAAGUAUACUACCAAAUUGUGCUUAAGAAUAAAAAGGAUAUAAGACGAGGACAAGAAGAAAAUUACGAUUUAGUGAUAAGUUCAUUUGAGAAGAAAGACCACGUGGGGGAAGAGGAAAAAAUUUCAUUGCGAACUGUUCAUGUAAAAAUGGAGAAUAUACAUUUACUGUAUAAACAUGUAGAAAACAAAUCGUUCAUUGAAAUAAAAAUAAAAAAAAAUCAUGUUAUUAAUUAUAUAAAUCUAUUCAGAAACAGUUAUUGUAUAUAUAAAUUAAAUGCAAAUGAUUACAAUUUGAUGAAGAGUUCAUCAGAUCAUACCAAGUCAAUAAUGAUAAGCUCGUAUUAUACAUAUAUCUUGAUCGCACUAUUUUCCAUGUUUAUCUAUGUUGAAAAAAGUUUACUUAUAGAAUUCCCAGUUUUGAAAAAAUACGAGAUACUUUUAACAUUGUUUGUAAUAUUUGUCCCUAUAAUAAUGUACCUUUUUUUAUUUUAUUACUACCUCAGCGUUGAACAAGUUAUUCUCAUUUAUAUCCUCUUUUAUGCACUUUUCACAAUUUUGCAUAAUAAAAGAAAAAAUAUAAUCAUAAGGAAGAAUGGAGAAAAAAAUAUCAGAACAGUUGGCAAUACUGAUAAUACAUCAGAUAGAGAAAUAAAUUCACCAUAUGAAACUCGUAACAAAAGUUUGAUUCAUAUGAGACUAACGAAUAUGUGUAUUACUUAUAUAUGCAUAUUUGCAGUAGACUUUUUUUUUUUUCCAAGAAAGUUUAAAAAAUCAGCUUUUUAUGGGAACACAUUAAUGGAUUUAGGAAUAGGAAGUUGCAUAACAUCUAGUGCUUAUUCGAUAAAUAAAAAAAAACUUUUCAAAUCCAUUCAAAAGAAAAAAAGUAUAAUCGAUUUGAAAUAUUUUAUUUUGUUUUUCCUAGGUAUAGCUAGAUUUGUUGCAAUCACACUGUUUAGUUAUAAUUACAACAUAACUGAAUAUGGACAUCAUUGGAAUUUUUUCUUAACUCUUUUUUUUUCUUUUCUAAUUUCGAACAUAAUAUUUCAUAUAACAAAGAGCAUUAGAAAUAUCUUCCUUCUCAGCUGCUUUUCUAUUGUCUUGUACGAGAUUUUUAUAUACUAUUUUAAUAUUAAGAGUUACCUCUUGGAUUACGACACACAAAGGAUAAAUUUUUUUUCUAAAAAUAGAGAAGGAAUUUUUAAUACCAUUGGGUCUAUAAAUUUAUAUUUAUUUUCUUUCUCAAUUUGGAAUGGAUUUGUCCUUCAGGACGAGACCGUGGCACCCGUUUCGACAUGUCAGAAUGAUCAGACAUGUAGCUCGAAUGAACCAACAAUUGAAGAAAACCGACACCCCAUGGGCACUAAUUCGACACUAGCCAUUUCCUACUCACACCACUUCUGUCCCAGCUCCAGCUACUUCCCAUACUACUACCGCUUCUAUUACAGCCACUUUUCUGCUUAUUUAGAGAAUUAUUUCCUCGUCUCCAGAAUGAACCAGUGCAAGAUCUACUUCAAUCUGAAGCUCUUUGCUCUAUCCAUGUUCUUCUAUGUACUACACAAGAUUUUAAAUUUUUAUGAAAACUACAGUGUAAGAAUUCUAUGUAAUGCAAAUUAUAUUUUUAUAUCUUCAUCUGUGAGUUUGUUUGCAUGUGGCCUGAGUUAUCUUGUUGAAGCAUUAUUACUUGGGGAAAAAACCACUGUCACCAUUUUAGACAAAAUUAAUAAAAAUUCUCUCCUAAUAUUUCUUUUUUGUAACAUAAUUAUGGGUGUUUUUAACCUUCUAUUUCAGUCACUUUUAUACCCAUUCCUUUUUGCUUUUAUUAUUUUAGUUAUUUACACAUUUUUAAUGUUACAGUUUGCAUCCAUAAUGCCGAUCGUCCCAAAAAAAGAGAAAGAGGAAUAG